AUGGAACUCGAGACAGAGGAUCAGUUUUAUCCUUCUAGGUUCGAGGUGCAAGACAUCUCCGACCAAGAUGUUGAUCAUAUAAGACUUUCCAGAACGAAGAACCCCAAUCUCGCGGUCCACCUUCUCCUGGACACCAGGAUCCCCGAGCAUUUAAUUGCAAACAUCCAACCAAUGUUCAUCUGA